AUGACUUCUCGAAUACAUAAUGAUCUCUUAAAUAUUCCGUCUUCUACCGGUUUUGAUGAAUAUGAUAAUUUAAAAAGUGCUGAAAGGAUGGAUAUAUCUACUGCGCCUCCUAGUCCUGUUAAUUGUUCUGUUUCUAUCGAACGAAGAGUUAAUUCCGCAGAUAUUUUACGUGUUCGUCGAAAUAGUGAUAGGAGUUCACUGUCUUUUAAUACAAAAAAACAUACUGAUUGGGUAAAAACUAUCUUAUCCCGUCUUCAAUUUGUCUUUUUGAAACGGAACGAUCAAAAAUCUGAUAAAAUUCCCGAGGAUGAUUCUUUCAAUGUAUCGACUUCUUCAAGAUCAAGUACAAGUGUGGAUACCGUUCGUGUUGUUGCCCGUGAUAAUUCUUUAGUUGAUCAUGAUAAGGAUGUGAUUACUCCUACUUUAGAUGUCAACAAUAAGUCUGAUGUUAAUUCUAAUAUUAGUCUCUCUCAACAAAAUAUUUGUCAACCAAGUAUUUGUCAACAAAAUAUUUGUCAACAAGACAUUUGUGAUGCUGUUAUUCCAAAAUCUUCGGAUCAUCAUUAUGAAGAUUCUACUUCAAAAGUUUCUUCGGAAAGUUCUUUUUUCGAUGUUUGUGCUCAAACUCCUAGGCAUUUCUCAAAAGAACCUGAAGUAUUGGGUAAAGUUGGUCGAUUUACUAUUGUUAGAGAAAGUGAAGAUUUUAAUACUACCAUGUUUGAUCAAUGUCAUUGUCAUGAAAAGCCCUGUCGUUUCUCUGCGAAUGGUGGUGUUCAUCCUGUAUUACCUCCUGAAUCCUUACCGGAUUUAGUCCCUCAUCAUUCUCAAUUUUACCCUGUUAAUGCUCACAAUUCUCCUCCAAUAAGAAUUCCUGUUCAUAGGAAUUCGAUGAAUUUGGCUUCUUAUAAACUUUCUUCUCAACAAAAUGGUACUCAACAAAAUGGUUCUCAGUUGAAACAUUAUUCUUGGGAUUCGAUUGCUCCUUAUCGUCCUGGUGUCUCUCAAAGUUCUUCUUUAUAUACUCAUCAAUCAUCGGCUGCAACUUCAAGAAGUUCUUUAUCUUCUUUGAAAUAUUCUAGUGAUUCUACAAGUGUAAAUAAGAAUAUCUCUUCUAAUUCUUCUGAUUUGACUAAUUCUCGUGGUCGAUCAAAGAAUAUUGUCAAUAAACCUAUAAAACAACCAUCACCUGUGGUUAAUGGUCUCGUUAGACCAAGAAGAUCUUUUUCAACAAAUAAAGUAUCGGAUAAGUUACUACAAGAAAUUUUAUGCGACCGACGGCAACAAAUAUUACCUAAUGCUGCUACAAAAUUUGAGACACAUGAACCUUACACUACGAUUAAUUCUCAUACUGGUAGAAAAUUCGAAGUUGAAUGGAGUUCUUCCUCUGAACCUGCCUCGUCAUCUCCUUCAUCUACUACAAGUAGUGGAAUUAGCAUAGCUUCGAGUCCUAAUAGCAGUUUAUAUUCAUUACAAGGCGCAUUGACUCGAAGUAGUACUUUGAGCAGUAAAUGUGGUCGUAAAUUUGAAGUCACUGUUAUUUCUUGUAAUAAUAAUGAAUAG